GAAUGUUCCUAUUAUAUGAAAAACGGGGAAACGUCUUAAGGCCAUUUGAAAUUGAAUAGUGGGGAUGUGUGUCCGAGGCCGCCAUGUUUCAACUCGUGCUUCCUGUCUAGCCACUCGGUUUAACCGGCCAUUCUGUCUCAAUCCUCCAAGUGUUGAACCAUCUAUUUGUCGGCAGAAUUUGCAUAAAUCAUAUUAACAGUUGAAUAAUUACCGUAAAUCAGGGAAUAGGUUAACGUGUGCACGAGGGAUUGUACGCGAUGAUCGAACAACGGUUGUGACUUACACACAUGAGAUGACGUUCCAGUCUCAUUUAAUUUAAUUAAUUUUUUCUUUGUAACAAUCCUGCGGUGUUAGUUUCAGUUUUUCCCUUCCUAAAUUACGUGAGUUUAUUUUUCAUCGUUUCACAUCGCCGUCACCCGAGUGAUUCUUGAAAAGAGUUUUGGGCGUUUUAACCUAGAAAUUAUACAAGUUUGAUCUCAUCUGUUUACAAUGGCGAACCUCAGACAAACACCAUUGACCUGCAGUGGCCACACUAGACCCGUUGUACAUCUUGCAUUCUCAGAUGUCACGGAUUCUGGGUAUUAUCUCAUAUCUGCGUGCAAAGAUGGUAAGCCAAUGCUGCGCCAAGGCGACACUGGUGACUGGAUUGGCACAUUUGAAGGGCACAAAGGGGCUGUUUGGGGUGUUGCCUUGAAUCGAGAGGCCACCAGGGCUGCCUCUGGGGCCGCUGAUUUCAAUGCCAAGGUCUGGGACGCUAUCAAAGGCGAGGAGAUUCACUCUUUCCAGCAUAAUCAUAUUGUCAAGUCGGUGAGCUUCAGCACAGACUCCAACUACCUGUGCACUGGGUCCAAUGAAAAAUUGCUGAGAAUUUUUGAUCUCAAUAAGCCGGACACUGAACCACAGAAAUUUUCAGGACAUACGGGCUUCAUAAAGCAUGUGACAUUCUUCGAUAACGAUAAACUACUCGUCAGCUGUGCUGAUGACAAAUCACUACGUGUUUGGGAUAGAAGCAGUGGUCAAGAAAUACGUAGACUCGAUUUUCCAGCUAUACCUAGUUCUAUGGAAGUCUCUAAGGACGGAACUAUCGUCACAACAACCCAUGCUAAUAUCGUCACGUUUUGGAACAGUCAAGAUCUGACGAAAAUCCGCGAAUUCACGAUUCCCACUCAGGUUAAUAGUGUCAGUCUCCAUCCGGAUCGAACAAUGUUUGUUUGCGGUGGAGAGGAUCUGAAGAUGUAUAAAUUUGAUUAUGCAUCUGGUGCUGAAAUUGAAUCGUUCAAAGGACACUUUGGCCCAGUCCAUUGUGUGCGAUUUUCUCCAGACGGUGAACUGUAUGCAAGUGGCUCUGAGGAUGGCACCCUUCGACUUUGGCAAACAACCGUAGGCAAAACUUAUGGCCUCUGGCGUUGCACCGAGCAGACUCCAACAAUUCAAGAAAAUCCAUCGACCAUCAACAACAAACAAGAAGUACCCGCCAGUUAAAUAUCUCCACUCAACUCGAACAUCCGCGAACAGUGAAAUUCUCUGUAAAUAUUGGAUCUCAAGGUAUUCGUGCGAUUCUCAUUCUCUUUACGUUACCGGUCUAUAAGUAUAUUUCUAUUCGAUCUUAAGUGCGUUCGCAUUGUAAUGCACGGGGAAUCCAUGUAUUUAUUAUGAAAUUAAAUAAUCUAAUAUUAUAUUGAA